AUGACCAACUUUGUGGACGAUGAACGAUUCGAUGCAAUGUAUAUGCACGUCUCUGAUACAGCAAGAGGGAUUGAACCCAUGCUAGACACUGUCUUUAGUUUCUUGCGACGAAAGACUGAUUUCUUCUCGGGACCUCCUGGUGCCGAAAAUGGCACUGCCGCCGCCAUUGCCAAGGUGAACCAAGUCUUGAACAAACAUGCCAAAUUGUACCAAGAGGAGCAAGACAAAAAGGCUGCUAUUGCCGCUGCCAAAAAGAAGAAAAAGGAAGACGCUGAGGCCAAGAAAAAGGCGGAACGAGAAGCCAAUGCGGUGAAUCCUAUGCAAUUGGCGGCGGAAGCCGCACGAAAAGCUGCCGCAGACGCCAAAAAGGCUGAGCCCGGAAUCGUGGAAAUGGGAAACGAUGGAGGGUUUGAUAUUUCUUCUUCAUCGUCUUCGACUCCAGCACCUACUGCUUCCAUGCCACAAUCUAGUAGUGAACCUGCUGCUGCUGCUGCUGAACCAGCCAAGAAAGCUGCUGCUGCUGCCCCAGAAGAGGCAAAGGAAGAUGACACACCAGGACUGGGCAACGGUGGUACCGAGCCAGGAAAGUACGUGUGGACUCAAACCUUGGCGGAAGUUUCCGUCACGGUUCCAUUGCCGGACAACACGCGGGGCAAAGAUUUGAACGUGACCAUUGCGAGAACCAGUCUCAAGGUUGGUUUGAAGAAAGACAAGGGAGAAUGGAUCAUCAAUGCUCCCUUGACCAAAACUGCCAUUGUCGACGAUUCCUUUUGGACGGUCGAAGAUGGCAAUCGUCUCGUGAUUAACUUGCAAAAGUCCAAUCAAAUGGAAUGGUGGGACAGCCUUUGUCAGGGUCACAAGAAGAUUGAUGUCAAAAAGAUCUCACCCGAAAACUCGUCACUAGGUGAUCUGGACGGAGAAACCCGCAAGACUGUCGAAAAGAUGAUGUUUGACCAGCGACAAAAGGCCAUGGGACUUCCGACCAGUGACGAACAAACCAAGAUGGAUGCCAUUGACAAUUUCAAGAAAGCGCAUCCCGAAAUGGACUUUAGCAAGGCCAAGAUCAACAUGUCAUAA